AUUUAUUUUUGCCAAGAGUGUUAUAAUUGUUUGCGUCGUGUUUCUAUGCCUCGAUUAGCUUUGAAUAACCAUCUGUAUAGGGGAGAGUUGAUAGAAGGUAUUGAAGAUAUUACUUGGGUUGAGGAAAUGGCAUGUGCUAUAUAUCAUACAUCAGCACAUGUUACUCGUAUAUAUGGAUCAUCAAAUGCUGGUGAUUCUUUACAGUUGCAUGGAAAUGUGUGUGCUCAUCCACUUGACAUUUGUUCUGUUGCAAAAAAAUUGCCGUGGAGCCCCGCAGAUUUGAAUGAUUUAAUUACUGUGGUGUUUGUGAGUAAAGCAAGGCUGAAACAUGAUGAUUUGAGGAAGUUAAAGCCAUACUUUGUUCGUAGAAGUGUUAUCCGGAUGUUAUUAUCUGAUUUGUGUCAUCGCAAUCGUUUGUAUACAGGCUUGUACACAUUGGAUAAUAGUAUGUUGGAAUUAUAUCCUGACAAUGAUUUGCUUCCAGGGUUGCAGGAACGGAUUGUUUAUGAU